AUGGAAUCACUCCACCUCCUCCCCCGGGCCAACCCCAACCAAGGCUGCACAGUAUCAACAUGCGACCCGUCCCAAUCUGUCUACGGCUACAGACCCAACCUCGCCGCAACACUCGUCUUCCUCAUCCUCUUCACCCUCUCCGGCCUCAUCUACACCUGGCAAGGCAUCCUCACCAAAACCAAUUUCUUCACCACAGCAAUGGUCCUCGGCUGCCUCAGCGAACUCCUCGGCUACGUCGCCAAAAUGCUACUCUGGAAGGACCCAUUCUCGGACGCCGGCUUCAAGAUGAGCGUAGUCCUCCUAACCUUCGCACCCGCCUUCUACUCCGCUGGCAUCUACUACACCCUCAAGCACAUCUGCCUAACCUUCGGCGCUGGCUUCAGCCGCUUGCGUCCCGGCCUCUACACGUGGGUCUUCAUCAGCUGCGACGUCUUCAGCAUCGUCUUGCAAGCUGCCGGAGGCGCGACGGCGUCCGCGAGUGAAGACGAGAAAGUCUUGAAGAUCGGCGAUAACAUCAUGAUAGCCGGGCUCGCGACUCAGGUCGCCACCAUGCUCGCCUUCGGUCUCUUCGCGGCAGACUACUGCUUCGCCAUCUACCGCAACCGCGCGCACCUCAACCCUGCCACGGCGACGUUGAGGCGACAGAUGAAGUUCAAGCUCUUCUGCGCGGCGCUUUGGCUGGCGUAUUCGGUGAUUUUGAUCCGGUGUGCGUACAGGCUUGCGGAGCUGGCCAAGGGGUGGGGGCCGCAGAAUGAUAUUUUGAGGAAUCAGAGGUUGUUUGUUGGGUUGGAUAGUGUGAUGUGCGCGAUUGCGAGUGUGGUGUUGAAUGUGUGGCAUCCUGGGUGGUCUUUUCCCGAGGAGGAGCGGGAUGUGGUGAUGGCGGAGAAGAGGGUGGCGGGGGAGAGUAGUGAUGAGGAGGAGAUGGUUGGGGUGUGA